AUGGAUUCGGAUGACAGCAUACUCAAGAAACUUCGUAGCUCCAAGACACAACGAGACAAGGAGCUAGAACGCAUCAAAAGCUUGGCAGUAGUGUCAGUGCUCAACAAGAAUUUCAAGGAAACAACGCCUCCUCCUCGGCCGUCUUCGCUGCUGCCUACCUUAUCCCCCUCCAACUCCUUGACAACGGAUAAUCCCUCUUCUACUGACACUACACCAGAUGGCAAAUCAAGGUCUCUGUCAGUGUCGAGAUCACAGACCAUCUCCUAUAGCACAGGUAGCAAUCCUCUCAAGAAAGCAAGCAAUACAAGCCUCGAUCAUGAAUACAGCAACAACAUGUCACGAACAUCAUCUGCUACUACAAAUAGACGAAGCAGGAUCCUGACAUCGAAUGAUACUUUGGAUGAGGAUCAACAGCGCCUUGUAUCGGAGCAAGAAUUGAAUGAUAGCUACCUCGUGACAAAUUCACCCAUUGACACUGAAAAGGAAACCCUUGAGAAGCGUGUUCAGGAACUAGAAGCAUUGUACGCUGCAUCGAUCAAUGAUUUACAAGUGCUAACAUCGCAGUGCCAUCAGCAAAAGGAAAUACUGUUACUACAAGACAAACUCAUACAGCACAUGUCGGAUCAGCUGGACGCGCCUGCUGUCAAUAUGCAAUGUCAACUAUGCGCUUCAGACGAUGUGGCAUCGCUGUUGAAGGCACAGCAAGAAGUUGCAAUACUAACUAGAGAAUUAACCGAGUUGAGGCCACUAUCAUCAGAAUACACUUGCGCAAUAUCAGAGUUGACCGAGAGAACCAGUGCAAGUGAGCACAAGAUGGACGAGCUGGAGCAGCUGGCAAGAGAGAUUCAGAAAGCAAACACCGUACAGACAGAAUUCAUUGAUACCAAGGUCCAGACACUGCUCGAUAAAGUCCUUCGAAAAAACGAAAUCAUAAACAAGCUGGAGCACAAUCAGCAGCAGUACUUGCUGAAGCAACUGCAAUACCAGCAAUUACCCCCUACACCCGUCGCCACUGUGGCAGCCGCUGCUACCAAGACAGAUGGCACACAUGUCUUUAAUGAGAACACCUCUAAUGUGAUUCCAGAAGAGAACGAAGAAGGUACAAGCGAAUUAGAGCCAAACUCGGCGCGAUCAUCCUAUGUGUCCCAUGAAAGCCAACAUGGACGAAGAUCAUACAUUUCUCGCUGGAAAGGAAAUGCUAUACCACCCGCCUCACCGCCACCUUCGUUGCCUUUACCGCCUAUCCCAAGCGCAUCGUCUCGCUCCACUACGAGCAACAGUACUAGACCGAAAUCCAUUUUGUCUGAAAUAUCCAGAGGCUCCAGUAUACAUGCACAGCAUACCAGUGGCAACAAGCAUCUCUCCAUGGACGCUGUUGGAGGAGGCGUCGUAUCAACAGCAGCAACACUAGACAGCCGUAGACCUUCUGUCCAAUCACAAUUUGAUGAAGAGUUAGCUGAUGCUGCUUAUUACAAAGAAUUUACAGAUCAGUUACAAGAAAGACUUUCCAUGUCAAAAGAAAUUGAUGAUUUACGUGUAUGGGAGCCAAGUGAUUAUGAUAGCAUUCAAAGAAAAAUCGACUCCAAGAAUUGGUCAGAUAGUGAGGAUGGCCAUAGCAUGAGUAGUCAAAAGGCUGCCUUCUGGAAAGGCAUGAAAAAGAAGUUGAGAGUCUAA